CAGCGGCACACUCCACGUCUCUCUCCGCGGAGCUGCGAGCGCACACCCCCGCCGCAGACUGCACCAGCGCGCUCGGCUAAAGCUCUGGAUCAGGUUGCUCCUUUCGCAAAACGCUUCUCUCCUGGGAUCUAUUUGAACCGAAUCGACUUGCAAGCGUGGGCACGAGCUUUACGCAGCGCCAACCGUGAACACGUUACAACCUUUGGCAAUCUGGAAACGCGUUGAUUCAGCAGGAUUAUGUGGAUUCUACUCUGCGUCUACCAUCUCCAAAUGUGCCCAAAUACGCACUGGUGUCCGCGCGUCUGGUGAUACUACUCUGUAACGUCCCGCGUACUGCGCUUCGUGUUCGCCCACUAUCACCACCUCCACCACUCCAUCCAAAUGAUCCUUCCAUUGGGUCUCCUCGUUACAUGGCUUCUUCUCCAACACUACGGGUCCAGAGCGGAGUCGAGUCAUGUCAGCAAGUUCCAGCUCACGACGUCGAUAAAGGAGCAAAACGGAGUACAGGAUUCCCAGCUGGAGAAGGUGCUUACAGUGUCUGGAGAGGGCACGGUGAGCAGUCCAAACUUCCCCCACACUUACCCCAGGAACACAGCGCUGGUGUGGAGGCUGGUGGCCCCCAACCACAUGAGGAUCCAACUGCACUUCGACCCACGCUUCGGACUGGAGGACCCGGAGGACGGCAUAUGCAAGUAUGACUUUGUGGAGAUGGAGGAUGUGUCAGAGCGGUCUGUCGUGGGGCGCUGGUGUGGUUCUGAGCAGGUCUCCUCCUCUCACCUCUCCAAAGGCUCUCAGAUCCGCAUCAGGUUCAUAUCAGACGAGUACUUCCCUUCAGAGCCCGGAUUCUGCAUACACUACUCACUACAACCUGCGAGCGACUCCGAGCCCGCCUCCUCCCCCGUGGUUCCUCCGUCUCAGCAGGGCGUAGAGGAGCUCACAGAGGCAGUCGCCGGACUCCGCACAGUGGAGGAGGUGCUCAAGUACCUGGAGCCUGAGAGGUGGCAGCUGGACAUGGAGGAGCUGUACAGACCUACCUGGCAUGCACUGGGAAAGUCCUUCAUCCACAACAAGAAGGCCAGAGGAGCAGACCUGAACCUGCUGCGGGAGGAGGUGCGUCUCUACAGCUGCACUCCCAGAAACUUCUCUGUGUCUCUGCGUGAAGAGCUCAGAAGGACAGAUGUGAUCUUCUGGCCCUCCUGUCUUUUGGUCAAACGCUGUGGAGGCAACUGCGCCUGCUGCUCCAAUAGAGGCUACGACUGUCAGUGUGUGCCCGCCAAGAUCACCAAGAAGUAUCAUGAGGUCCUCUUACUCAAACACCGCAGCGGGGUCCGGGGUCUGCAGAAGUCCAUGACCGACGUGGCUCUGGAGCAUCACGAGGAGUGCGUGUGUGAGUGUACGGACGAUUCAGACUGACACUCCCCCAGGUCCUCCCGCUCCUUCCCCGGCCUCCCCCCUCCAGCAGCGGGAUAACAG